AUUGAAGACUCCUUCUCUUAAUACCCUGUGUAAAGUAGCUUUCUAAUCUUAGAAAUAGACUUUUGAUGGCAGGGGUGGGCCUGUCAUCAAAAGUAUAUCUACAAUUAUACAUAAGCUUUAUGAAUGGCUGGGCAAUGAGGUUUAUCAGAAGUUCUUUGUACCCAUCUGUGUUUUCGACCAUUCUUUCUUGGAGUCUGGUCUGGGCUUCUUUGAAGAUUUCUUCAGACCACUUGUUCCUCAUGAUCAUCCUCUUGAUCCUCUGGAUGUUUCUGGCUUAGGACUUCUUGAUCUUCAUUUCAACGCCUUCUUCUCAAGUCUAGACUCGAAUAUCUUAUCGAGCCUGUCUUUUUUGUUUCCAAUGAUUUUCUCUCACUCAAUUUUAAAUUCCUGCUAAGCUUUUCUUUUAAGUUAUUAGUCUUGUUCUUAUCCAUGAUUGUUAGUAAACUGGAUCAUGAAGAUGAGGAAAUCUCCUGAGUCUUGGAUAUCCAUGUUUUACUCAAAGAUUUAUAA